AUGUCCGUCCCCCCAAUCCCUCUGAUUCAAAUCGCUGCUGUUAUCGCAUCCGGUACUUCUGAUACCGUAAAGGUGGGGAUCAAGAGCAAUCGUCCGGUGCCAACUCCAGGAAAAGGCGAAAUCCUCGUCAAGCUCGAGUUUUCUGGCGUAUGUCACUCGGAUCUUCACAGCAUCCGUGGCGACACGCCCAUGUUGACUGAUGUCGCUGGUCAUGAAGGCGUUGGGAAAGUAGUCAAGGUCGGACCCGAGGUUGACGAGAAGCAAUGGAUGGGAACGCGGGUUGGCAUCAGAUGGCUCUACAGCUCUUGUCGCCAGUGUGAAAUCUGUGAAAUCAACCAUACCGUAUGCCCUUAUCAGAAGAAUGCUGGCGCAAAUGUACCUGGGACCUUCCAACAGUAUAUUGUCAGUCCAGCACUCCAUGUGACAAGGAUUCCGGAGCAGCUUUCACCAGAUAGUGCUGCGCCGCUUCUAUGCGCUGGAAUUGCGAUGUACUCUUCUAUCAUGAAGACCAAGACUCGCCCGGGAGACUACCUUGCCAUCCUUGGUGCUGGAGGGGAAUCCAAAUUGCAGUUAAAAAGGGCCUCAGGGUCAUUGCGAUUGACAGCGGAGAUAAGAAAAAGCAGCUGUGCCUUUCGCUUGGGGCUACUGAAUUCCUGGCACUACCGAGAACUCAACAUUGUCCAGGCAGUCAAAGCCAAGACAACCUUCGGUGUACAUGCUGUGAUCUGCACCGCCAACGGCGAGCGAGCAUACGAACAAAGUAUGCAGAUGUUGCGUCCAUUUGGCACACUAGUCUGCGUCGGUAUUCCCAACAAGCCAUUCAGGCUGCCAGCUACGCCAUUCGAUAUGAUUGUCAAAGGUCUCACUAUUGUCGGAAACUCCGCGGGAACGGCGGAUGAGAUGGAUGAAAUGUUGGCUAUGGCCGUGGCUGGCGAUGUGAAGGCGCAUGUUGAAGUCUUUGGGUUGGACGAUAUCAAUGAUGUGUUGGACCGCCUGGAGCGCUCGGAGAUUGAUGGCAGAGUGGUCUUGAGGAUUCCGCAAUAG